AUGAUCUUUCAAGUACUCGGCAUGGCAUUCACUGCAAUGGCCCUCGCAGAGAAGAUGGAAGAUAUGCCUGAGACUUGGCGAGAUGCAAGCGAUGCAAUGUCCAGCGACGGCACCACUAUCCUUUGCCACUUUGGAGUGCGUUGUUCAGGCCCCCUAGGCUUGGGUGCAUGCGAAUGCUUGGAGGGAGACCAAAAGCACCUCAGGGGCCACUCCCCGCGCCGGACUGCGGACGGCGACUCUCCGUGGGUCUCGGCGGGGACGUCAGAAGCGUCAGAAGCGUCGAACGACGGGAGGCAACUUGCAGGGCCGAAUUCCACUGGAUCGAAGACCAAGUCUCGCAGAUCAGAGCUGCUGGGUAAGUUUCGAGUGAGAUGCCACUGUGGAGUCGUUUGCCAGUGGGGAGUCCACAACUAUGGGCGAAUCAAGGUUUGCAACGGACCUCUCUUUUGCAGAUCUUGCUUUCCAUCUUCUCCAGCCUAUGGGUCAGUUGGUGGGGUCCGGUGA